AUGAGCGACGUGAAAGAUGACCCUGAGAUCAGCACCAAAGGCAAAGAUAAUGGAUCUUCUUCCAUCAAACUUCCGAUGCUCUCUUCUUCGAAUUACACCGUAUGGGCUAUGAGGAUGAAGAUAGCAUUGAAAGUUAACAAGGUGUGGGAAACUAUCGAACCAGGAAAUAAAUCUGAAGAUAAGAAUAACUUGGCUAUUGCGUUGUUGUUUCAAUCUAUACCAGAGGCGUUAACUUUGCAAGUCGGAGAGUUGGAUACAUCUAAAGCCGUAUGGGAAGCGAUCAAAGCGCGGCAUGUUGGAGCUGAAAGAGUGCGUGAAGCUAGACUACAAACCUUGAUGGCAGAGUUUGACCGGCUUAAGAUGAAAGAUGGAGAUACAAUUGAUGUAUUUGUUGGAAAGCUAUCCGAGAUAUCUUCAAAAUCAGCUUCAUUAGGAGAGAUGAUAGAGGAACCAAAGCUUGUGAAGAAAUUUCUUAAAAGCUUGCCUAGAAGGAAAUAUAUUCACAUGGUUGCCUCUCUUGAGCAGGUCUUGGAUCGUAAUACAACUAGUUUUGAGGAUAUUGUUGGAAGGUUAAAAGCUUAUGAGGAAAGAGUAGCUGAGGAAGAUGAGGAAUCGCAUGAUGAGGAAACCAAACUGAUGUAUACAAAUGCAGACUCAUAUCAGGAAGGUUACGGCGGUGGCUAUGGCAGAGGAAGAGGACGUGGUGGUCGCUCUAACUGGAGAGGAAGAGGCCGUGGCCGCUCUGGCACGUAUCAUAGCCAGAAGGAAGCAUACAAACAAGGACGAGGAAGAGACCUCUCCCACAUAAAUGCUUCCAAUGUGAGAAACAGGGCCACUAUGCCUCUGAUUGUCCUGAUAAGGAGUUGA